GUCGCCGCCCGGGAGCCUUCCGGCCCAGUUAGUGAAGCCAGUCAGCUUCUCCGCGCGGGUCAGCCCACCCUCCUCCGGUGUCCUGGGAGCCGGCUCGGUGCGGAAGCCGCGGGCCAUCCGUUCGGGCAUGCCCCGCUACGAGCUGGCUUUGAUCUUGAAAGCCAUGCAGCGGCCUGAGACUGCUGCGGCCUUGAAGCGGACGCUGGAAGCCCUGAUGGACAGAGGGGCAGUGGUGAGGAGCUUGGAGAACCUGGGCGAGCGUGCGCUUCCCUACAAGAUGUCGGCCCACAGUCAGCGGCACACCAGGGGAGGGUACUUCUUGGUGGACUUUUAUGCACCAACAACAACUGUUGAAAGCAUAAUGGAGCACUUGUCUCGAGACAUUGAUGUGAUUAGACCAAAUGUUGUAAAACACCCUCUAACCCAGGAGGUGAAAGAAUGUGAAGGGAUGGUCCCGGUGCCCCUUGAAGAAAAGCUGUAUUCCACCAAGAAGAGGAAGUGAGAAGGCACGCCUCACCGGAGCCUUCUGGUUAAUUCCCUCACUUUUGAGCACCAUGGAUAGAUAAUUUACAGGCUUGAUCUGAGGGUGCUCUUGGCACUGUUGGAUUUUCCCGAGGUACUUUUAGCUCUUGGUCCUCUUUGCUGUGAGAACUGGGGGGUGACGCCUUAGGGCCACUUGGUAAUCUUUGGCACCAGCAUGUCCUCCUCGAUUUCACCUCAUGAGUAUGAUUUGUCAGUGAGGACUUCCUGCCCAACAGCAAUACUAACCCCAGUUUGAAGAGCAAAGCUUAUAAAAACUACUUUGGAUUGCAUGCUCAUUACUCAAACUGUAUACACCCAUACAAAAUAAAAUUUUAAGACCACCGUAUUAUAUGCAUCACUU